AUAGAAGGCAAAGGUAUCGUAAGCUCGGCGCGAAGUGUGGAAACUUUGGCAGACAAUUUAUUUCUCCGUUUUUGUACGUAUUGCUUUGUUUCAUUAUUUCGUAGAUGGUUUAAUUUGUAUAAAUACUUCCUUAUUGUGAUUUCAUGUUGAUACUAUAAAUGUUCCUUGUAGUUAUGACAGAUCGACGCAUUGCGAAGUUAACCAAAUUUGAUAUCGCUGGCCUUGAUGCGCUUCAGGCGUUAGCCCUUGACGGAGCAGGAAUACACAAGAACCUGAAACUAGUGAACGUUGAUGGCGGUCGAUGUUUCGUGGAUGAGUUUGCCAAGGAUGGUGUUGUGCACAACAGCAUGUGUUACCCUAAUCAACCUGGACACAGAAAGAGCAUAUACAACUUAUUGACUAAAGCAAUCAAACCAGAUUUAAAGGACGAAAACGAUCCCAUUCAUAGAAGACAAAGAAAAUCUGCCGUGCCUCAAAGUCGAAUUAAUUUAAUGAGUAAACUUCAGAAAAAGAGACAAAUAGUAGUUGUGAAUGCUGGACGUAAACAUAAUGAACACGAGAAUAAGGAAGCCGAUUCAAUAACUACAGGAGAAACUAAAGGCCCUAAUAUUGAAAAAGAUAAUGGACAACUUAACGUGGCCACUUCCAGACCCCAUGACACACUUAGCAAAAAAGCACAUUUAAAGGGCUGUCGUUGGAAAUUUGAAUGUGUAACUGCACGGAACCUUGACACCUGCCGGCUAAAGACAUCUUGUCCCGGCAAGGAGGAAAACACAGGUAGAAACCUUGAACAACAGAAAUUACAACAGCGAGUUCGAAGAAUGAUUGGUAUCUCGUCCGUGGAUGAAGAGGUGGAAAAAAUAUCUAUCCCGCUCAGCCCAGCCCCGCGCUAA